UCUAUGGUUUGAUAUUGUAAAAGAGGUUAUUUUAGCGGUUUCUGUUUUGUCAAAAUAUUGUUAUUUUGAUUAACCAGAAUGAGUUCCUUAUGUUGGGAAUCGCCUGAUGGUAAAAUAAAGAAAAAUGUUUUGAGUAUUGGAGCUAUGAAAUACAAACCUACCGAGGGCAGCAAAUGUAAACUACAGUUCACUGAUAGCAGUGAGAAUUUAUCUCACUUUUCAACUCUUACAAUAGGAGAUGUAGCUGAGAAUUUGGGGAGACUCUUAGAACUUUGUGUUACUACGAUGUUUGAAAAAGAAAAAUCAAAGUUCACUGUGAAUUUGAAUGAUAGGGUAUUAACCUUUACGUUGGAAAUGUUAGAGAUGGAAUUUGCAGGAUUUUUAUAUGAAUGGGAUGCAAAAAAGAAGUAUGACUAUGCACAGUUUCAAAAUACUCAGGGCAAAAAAUAUUUCAAAACAGGAAACAUAAAAGAAGCAGGUUUUCGAUUCAAUAAAGGACUGAAAAUUAUUUGUUCAAUCCCUAUCGAUGUUCAAUCUCCACCAGAGAUAAUUGAUACUCUUGCGACCCAGAGUUUAAAUGAAUUGAAGGCAAUCUUGUACAAUAAUUUAGCCUCUUGUUUUUUUCUUAAAGAACAGUGGACUUUAGUAAUUAGCUUAUGUGAUAAAGUUUUAAUGUAUGAUGAAAACAAUGUGAAAGCUCAUUAUAGAGCAGCAAUAUCUUAUAUGAAGGAUAAAGAUUUUGAGAAAGCAGAUAAACUCUUGAAGAAAGUCCUUGAACAAGAACCAAAUAAUAAAUCUGCCCUUGAGAAUCAUAAACUUGUUAAAAUGAAACUGAAUGAAGAUAAAAUUAAGGUCGAUAAUAUUGCGAGAAGAAUGAUUGGUGGUAUUUUGAAAGGCUGAGGCUGUGGAUUUUGAGUGUUCAAUUUCUUUAUGAUACAUUGUGAAAUUAUUGAAGUUGAAGAAGUUUUAUAAAACUAUUCAUUUUUUUUAAUGAUUUUUUUUUCUAAUAAAUUUUCUCUCUGUUUUACUUUCGG